AUGAUGCAGGGCCUCAUGACCCUCUCUGCUGACAAGGAGGCUCAUAUUGACAACUACGAGAUCCUCCACACCACUGAUGAAUGUAGGUUCGCCAAGGUGAAGUUGGCCUGGCACAUUCUGACUGGGAUGUGGCUGUCAAGGACUCUGGGCUUGAGGUGGGACCAGAUCCAAGACUCAGGAGCAGGCAGGAGGCAUGACAGUGUGAGCUCCGAGGAACCUGAGGCGGGAGGCUGCACCAUCAGUGUGAGGCCCUCCCUUUCUGCCGACCUCAGCAGCCAUGAAGUUGAGCCUUCACCAAGCCCUGAGGUGUCCACACAGAGUGAACCACUCCUCCCUACGUGGCUCUACCAGGAAGAAAGUGAGCAGCUGCAGGAGGACCAGAAGUCAGGGCAGAAGACCAGCAAGACUGCCAAUACCCGACCAGCCUGGAGGCGAGGACCGUUACCCCCAGCCCAGCCCCCAGUGUGGCCCUGUGGCCUCCACCUCUACCAGCAGCACCAGCAGCAGGACUUGAGCCCCAGAGGGAACCUGCUGCCCUCCAGUGUGAAGGCAGAGACUGGGACUUGGUCAAGCUUGGCCCUGGGCCCUCAGUCUGAGGAAAUGGAAAGCAAGGUUGCUUUGCAUACUGCAGGCAUGCCCUGGGUUACGUGGUGCCCGCCCAAGGCCGAGACGCUGGAGGACCUGCAGGCCAGGACCAGUGCAACAGGGUCCCAUGCCAAACCCCAACCCGUACCCACUCUUCACCUGCCGCUACUAGAACCUGGCCACUUGGCGGGUGGUGGCUUUUGGAACUCAAGCCUGCUGGUUCUGAGGCAGGAGACAGAUGGGCCCCAGGCUGAACAGCUGAAGUUUCUUCCCUGUGGACAGAAACUCCAUAACAGCAGGAGCGAGAGAGAAGACUGGGCCCCGCCCAGUUUCUUUAAAUAUUCUAGGCUUCUGUUUAUGAUCAGUUUGGCAUUACAGAUCAUCCACGUGGGAAACAGCUAUCAAAGAGAGAAAUAUAAAGGUAGUAGAGAAGGAAUCAACAGUGCUACAGCUCAGAAGCUCCAGCAGAAAACACUCGAUUGGACCUUGAAUCAUUUUAGGGAGAACGACAGCGCGGAGGGCUGGAGGCCGCAGGGUUCAUUGCCCUACUCGCGGACUUUCCGAGAGCGUGCGCCCCCACGGCCGCGCUGCUGCCGGAACGGCGGCACCUGCGUUCUGGGCAGCUUCUGCGUUUGCCCCGCUCACUUCACCGGCCGCUACUGCGAGCACGACCAGAGGCACAGCGAAUGCGGCGCGCUGGGGCACGGAACCUGGACCUUCCGCGGCUGCCGCCUCUGCAGGUGUGUCUUUGCGGCCCUGCACUGCCUCCCGCUGCAGACACCCGGCCGCUGUGACCUGAAAGACUUUCUCGCCUCACACUCUAAUGGACCAAGAACGCAGCUCACGGGGAAUGUUCUCCUCCUCCUGCCCUGCUUCCUCCUGAAAUCCGUCCUCAGCGAAGGGGGAGGCCGCUGA